AUGCUGUGCACAAGGAGAACUAAAACUUUGGUGUCGACAUGCGUGAUCCUGAGCGGGAUGACCAACAUCGUGUGCCUCCUGUACGUCGGCUGGAUCACCAACUAUGUGGCCAACGGGGGACCCAAAGUUACGGAGAGCGGCGGCGAGGCGGAGAGAAAGUUGGAGGAGGACAGUAAAGGGGAAACCCUGAGGAUUAUCGAGAGGCUGGACCGGCUGGAGAGCGUCGUCAACGAGCACAUCAAAGAGACCCCACAGAAGGAUGGCGAAGACGCUGCGUCCUCCUCAGACUCAGCCUCAGACUCCGCCUCUUCGCUGUUCAACCACUGGGGUCACGACCUGGGCCCCGAGAGUCGCAGAGUUGCCCUCAAAAAGUUUCGUUACUAUGGCUACAACGGCUACCUUAGCGACCGCAUCUCCCUCACCCGGCCAAUCCCAGAUUUACGACCGGAUGGGUGCAGAAACAUGUCGUACUCGUCAGACCUUCCCCAGCUGAGCGUCAUCUUCAUCUUUGUCAACGAGGCCUUGUCGGUGCUGCUGCGCUCCGUCCACACAGCCAUCCAGAGGACUCCAUCACACCUGCUCAAAGAGAUCAUACUGGUGGAUGACCACAGCAGCAGCCUGGAGCUGAAGGAGCACCUGCAGAGCUUCGUGGAGGAGACCAACGCUCAGCACGGCCCGGGGUUCAUCAAGGUGGUCCGCCACGACAAGCAGGAGGGUCUAAUCCGGUCCAGAGUCAGCGGGUGGAGGGCCGCCUCCGCUCCCGUCGUCGCUCUGUUCGACGCACACGUAGAGUUCAACACCGGAUGGGCAGAACCCAUUCUGCAGCGAAUAAAGGAGGACCGGACCCGGGUGGUGUCUCCCUCUUUCGACAACAUCAAGUACGACACCUUUGAGAUUGAGGAGUACCCACUGUCGGCUCAGGGCUUUGACUGGGAGCUGUGGUGUCGCUACCUCAACCCACCAAAGUCCUGGUGGACCCAGCGCAACCACACGGCCCCUAUCAGGAGCCCUGCUCUGAUUGGCUGCUUCGUGGUUGACAGGAAGUACUUUGGGGAGAUCGGCCUGCUAGAUGAAGGCAUGGAAAUUUACGGAGGAGAAAACGUGGAGCUUGGCAUCAGGGUGUGGCAGUGCGGCGGCAGCGUGGAGGUCCUGCCCUGUUCCAGGAUCGCACACAUCGAGCGUGCCCACAAACCCUACACGGAGAACCUGACAGCCCACGUGCGUCGAAACGCUCUGAGGGUGGCUGAGGUCUGGAUGGACCAGUACAAGAGUCACGUCUACAUGGCCUGGAACGUUCCACUACAGAACUCAGGAAUAGACAUCGGGGACAUUUCUGAGAGAAAGGCCCUGCGGUCCAGGCUCCAGUGCCGACCGUUCAGCUGGUUCCUCUCCAACAUCUACCCCGAGCUCCGAUCCUACAGCAACACUGUUGCUUACGGAGUGUUGAAGAACAGUCUAAGAGACAACCUGUGCUUGGACCAGGGACCUGACACUGACAACGUCCCCAUCAUGUACCUCUGUCAUGGCAUGACGCCGCAGAAUGUCUACUACACCAGCUCCCAGCAGCUCCACCUGGGAGUGCUGAGUCCGACGAUCGACGACGACGACAACAAGUGUCUGGUGGAUGUGAACAGCAGACCCAGGCUGCUGGAGUGCAGCUACGCGGCUACCAAACACAUGAAGCUCACCUGGACGUUCACUCAGGGUGGCCCCAUCCAGAACAUGGAGUCUCAGCGUUGCCUGGAGCUGGUGGAGAGCAAGCAGUCAGAGUUCACUUUCCAGCUGGCCAUUCAGGACUGCACCGACCAGAAAUGGACCAUCACUAACAUACUGACCGUCCUGCCACAGUGA